CCCACCCUCAUGACCUUAUCUAAGCCUAAUUAUCUCCCAAAGACCCAUGUCCGAAUACCAUUAACAUGGGAAUUCAGGAAUGAAGUCUCUAACACAUGAACUUCUGGAGAACACAUUCAGACCAUAGCAGAACAACAGAGAGAUGCAUGAGAAGGAGGGUGGUAGAGUCUGCUGGCAAAUGCUUCCCAGGUUUCAGGCUGCUCAGGCCCUCUAGGAUUUAGAUGAAGCUGUGUUGUUCUUGCUAUGGAGGAAAUCAUUAUUGAACUCAGUUUGGAAGAUAUAUAUUAUAAACCAAGAAAUCAUAAAUGAGAUUAAAAUAAAGCAAAGACAGUUUUAUGUGGGUGGAAAAAGAUUUGCAGAUCAGGAACAGUGGUUCAGCUACAUGGAGCCAAAGGAAAGGCUUAGAUGUUGCGUGGGGGACAGCAGAGACUGGACAUGGGCUCAGUUCUAUUGGACAGUCAUUGUGUGUGGAGCUGCGAGGUCAACAGGAUGAUUGAGCUCCAUCCAGUUAGCAUUGGAAUAGAUGUGUCUUGGCCAAGGCUUAGGGCCAGACUUGGUAACUGAGACGGCUUCCUCCUUCCUGCACCGACCAGCUUUCUUCUCCUCCAGAGGGGCUCAGAGGCCAAAGUGGGGCCUCCCACUGAAGGUGUCUACCUACCCAGGGCAGAAGGGGAGGAUCAUGUCCCAGGGGUCACUGUCGUUCGGGGAUGUGGCUGUGGGCUUCACGCGGAAGGAGUGGCAGCAGCUGGACCCUGUGCAGAGGAUCUUGUACCGGGAGGUGAUGCUGGAGACCUACAGCCACCUGGUCUCUGUGGGGUGUCAAGUCGGCAAACCAGCUGUGAUCUCCAGGCUGGAGCAGGGGACAAAGCCAUGGGCAGGGAAGGAGGAGAUGCGCAGAUGGAGAUUUCCAGGGAUUCAGCAGCUGGGCUCUGAAACUUCACAACUUCUGAACAGAAGAGUGACAUCUUUGCAGUGCAUAUCGGUGCCAGGGAUGAAGCAGCAGGUAGAGUCUGUGGUUUAAAAAGAAGUUGGCAAGUUGAUGCCCAAGUAGACAGAGGACAGGAACAUCAAGACAGACAUUUGGGGCAAGUGGCAGCACCAGAUGCAAAGAAAUUAAUCACCAAAGGGUUCCAUGAAU